AUGGCUUCUUCACGAGCAAAAUUAGCAGAGUUGCGCGCUCUGCGCGCUGCAGGGAAGAAGCGUCUUUCGACGUACGAGGUCGAAGAUCAAGGGGAUAUCUAUGAGGAGGUUGAUGACGAAGGAUAUAAGAAAGUUAUCCGGAGCCGACUUGAUGAGGAUGAUUUUGUUGUCGACGAUAAUGGUGCAGGUUACGCCGACGACGGUCGCGAGGUGUGGAACGAACAGACGGCCGAAUACUACGACAGCGAUAGCGAUGACGACGGAUUGCCCGCCCGAGGCAAAGCUGCGAAGAGAAAGCGAGAGGAAGAACAGCAAAGGCAGGAAAAAAUCAACAAUGGGAUUUCCAAAUACUUCAACAAAGGUAGUACCGCGACGGCCCCAAAGCCUAAGCCGACUGCCACUGCAGAAGACGAUGCCUUCAUGGCUGAUCUCCUCGGCGAGGUCGAUACCAACGUCGCCUCGAAACAGCCGCCCCCAACGAAAAAUAUAGUGAAAUCGGAAACGCGCCGAAAAGUCCGCAUCCUUUCCCCUCCCUUGUCUCAUAAGACACGCGAACAAAAUCAGGAUAGGAAGAAUGAAAACAUCGAGCCAGCAUCGCCCGUUGGCCAAGAGGAAGAACAGGAGUUUAGUAUGGACAACGAAGACGCGCCACUCCCGAUCGCAGACGACGACGAUGUCCCAAUGAGCGAUCCCAUGCCAUCUUCGCCGAUCAGCAAAGCCGUGGAGAGGAAGAUUACCGUUCCUGUCAAGGUUGAAGAGCCGGAGGAAGAUGAUAAUGACUGGAUGGAAAUCGCUGAAGUUACUGGACAACAAGAGGCUAAGACCACAAGCGUCAACAUGUCCGGUAGCCGCCCUGUCCCCCAGAUCAAGAAAGAAAUCAAACCCACCCCCAUGGGAUCCUCCCCCGUCAAGCCUUCAACGGAAGUUGUUGAUGCGUCCUGGAACGACGUGAGGAACAAGCUCAAUGUCGUCAGUAGCCCAGCAUCAGAAGCCAAGGGCUUCGGCAAACUUCGCGCACAGGACGUUGUCGAGGAAGAUGGAAGCCUCCGUAUGUUCUGGAUGGAUUUUACCGAAGUCCAUGGGAGUCUAUGUUUGUUUGGAAAGGUGAAGAAUAAACAAAACGGCACCUAUACGAGCGCGUUCGUCAAGGUCGAUAAUAUCCUCCGAAAACUUUACUUCCUUCCUCGAGAACAGAGGCAUAAGCACGGCCGAGAAACAGAUGAGGAAGUCGAUAUGGAAGAUGUCUACGGCGAAGUUGAUGACAUGAUGUCGAGGCUCAAGGUCGGUAUGCAUAAGAUCAAGCCAUGCACUCGCAAAUAUGCAUUCGAGCUGCCCGGUGUUCCCAAAGAAUCGGAGUACCUCAAGCUACUUUACCCCUACGAUAAGCCACCGCUACCUAUGGAUACUCAGGGGGAGACCUUUUCACGCGUUUUCGGCACUAAUACGUCGCUGUUUGAGCAAUUUGUUCUCUGGAAGGAUCUCAUGGGCCCAUGCUGGCUUAAGAUCGAUGAAGCUGAUUUCUCAGCUGUGAACAAUGCGUCCUGGUGCAAAUUCGAAUGUCAGGUCUCUAAACCAGCUCUCAUCGCCCCUGUAUCAGAUUCCGAGGAUCUGGGCGCCCCGCCUCUGACAUUGAUGAGUCUUUCAUUCAAGACGCAAAUGAACGUGAAGGAAAACAAACAGGAGAUCAUCGUGGCGAGCGCUCGUGUGUACGAAAAUGUCUCCCUAACAGACCCAACACCCCCCGAGAAUCUUCCUUGCAAGACCUUCACGGUAAUGCGUCCAAUUGGGUCGUCAUAUCCGAUUAAUUUCGAGGCGGAGACACGAAAGCAACGCGGCACAUACAUGCUGGAAAAGACGGAGCAAUUCUUGCUUAGUAAAUUCCUUGCACUGUUCGAGAGGAUGGACCCUGACGUAUUGAUGGGCCAUCAGCUGCAAGAAGUCGAUCUCAGCAUCCUUCUUAGCCGACUGAAGGAGAAAAAGACACCUGGCUGGCAUCGUCUCGGGCGCUUAAAGCGCGGAGAUUGGCCCAAGAAUUUCAACAAGGGUGGUGGCUUCUUCACUGAGAGACAUCUCAUCGCUGGGAGGUUGAUGUGUGACGUGGCUAACGACAUGGGCAAGUCUCUUAUGCCGAAGUGUCAAUCGUGGAGUUUGACCGAAAUGUGUGAUCUCUACCUCGGACAGGGCAACGCACGCCAGGAACUGGACACAGAAGCGGCAUUGAAGUCAUGGGCCACCACAAAAGAUGGGCUCAUGAAUUUCGUCAACCACUGUGACACAGACACCUAUUUCAUCGCUGCGCUGGUCUUGAAACUUCAGAUGUUGUCUCUCACAAAAGUGCUGACCAACAUUGCCGGCAACUCUUGGGCACGGACUUUGAGUGGUACUCGCGCCGAGCGUAAUGAAUACAUUCUGCUCCACGAGUUUCAUCGCAACAAGUACAUCUGUCCUGACAAGUAUUCUUCAAAGUUGCAAAAGGCGGAAGAAAAGACACUGGAUGGCGGUGAUGAUGAUGACUCGGCGGAUAAGAAAAAAAAGGACAAGUACAAAGGUGGUCUUGUCUUCGAACCCGAAAGGGGCCUUUAUGACAAGUUCGUCUUGGUGAUGGACUUUAACAGUCUGUACCCGAGUAUCAUUCAGGAGUACAACAUCUGCUUCACCACGGUUGAGCGGUCUGCAACGGCCCAAAACGACAUUGAAGAGAAAGUACCCGAGGUGCCUUCUUCAGACCAAGACAAGGGGAUCCUGCCCAAGAUUAUUGCAACCCUUGUCGGCCGUCGACGUGAGGUGAAGAAGCUAAUGAAAGACAAGCGGGCGACACCCGAGGAACUAGCCCUGUGGGACACGAAGCAAUUGGCUUUCAAGCUGACUGCAAACUCUAUGUACGGCUGUUUGGGAUAUACUCAGAGUCGUUUCUAUGCGCGUCCGUUGGCGAUGCUCACCACGUUCAAGGGUCGUGAGAUUCUUCGCAGCACUAAGGAAUUGGCAGAGUCGCAGCAGCUAAGAGUCAUAUAUGGUGAUACCGACUCCGUCAUGAUCAAUACGAACAUGGACACCAUCAGCGAAGCACUCAAGGUCGGAGAGGACUUCAAGAAAACCGUCAACGAAAAGUACCGCCUCUUGGAAAUUGAUAUUGAUAAUAUCUUCCGCCGCCUUCUACUGCAUGCUAAGAAAAAGUACGCCGCUGUUAACAUGUCUGAGAUCGAUGGCAAGUAUGUGGACAAGUUGGAAGUCAAGGGUUUGGAUAUGAAGCGACGUGAGUACUGUGCUCUGUCGAAGGAGGUCUCUCAGAAGCUCUUGAACGAGAUUCUCUCCGGAGAGGACCCGGAGCUCGUCCUCAACCGCGUUCACGACUAUCUGCGCGAGUUGGCGGACAAGAUGCGGGAAUACACCAUCCCCGUGCAAAAAUACGUGAUUUACACGAAACUUUCCAAACGUCCUUCGGAAUACCCUAAUAAGGAAUCCAUGCCUCCAGCACAAGUUGCGCUCCGUGAGCUUGCUCGCGGUAAAAUGGUCAGGCCCAACGAUGUCAUAUCUUACGUUGUCACCAAUGGCGAUUCGGAGACAGCGUCGCUUCCCCCUGCGAAGCGUUCAUACACGCUUCAAGACGUGAUGAAGACCGACUCAGGCUUGAAACCCGACGUUGAGUUUUACCUUCUGAAGCAGAUCUUCCCUCCCAUUGAGCGUCUAUGCGCUCCCAUCCCCGGGACGGACGCGGUUCGGCUGGCCGAGUGCCUGGGUCUGGAUGUGCGCAAGUACCAGAUCAACACGUCCAGUGGAAGCAACCAGCAAAACUCCGAAAUCUUCCCGCUAGAGUCGCAGAUUCCGGACUCUGUACGUUUCGAGAACGUAGCACGGCUCGCGUUAACCUGCCGUUCUUGCAAGGAGAAGUCAACCUUUGAAGGAUUGGCCGUGUCUACAGAGAUGUGCAACGCCCAUGGAAUCAUCUGCUCUAAUUCGGCUUGUCGGAAACAGUUCUCGGUUUUGACAAUUAUCGCACAGCUAGAGAACCAGAUCCGCGCGCAGACAUCCAAAUACUACGAUGGGUGGGUUGUAUGUGACGAUUCAGCCUGCGGCAACCGAACAAGGCAGAUCAGUGUGUACGGACACCGAUGCCUCGGUCCCCGGGGACAUGCGGAAGGCUGUCUGGGGCGGAUGAACUACGAGUACACCGAGAAGCAAAUCUACAACCAGCUGCUAUAUUUUGCCGGGCUUUGGGAUGUGGAUAAGGCCCGGUCCGCCGUCCAGAAGGAGCCCGCUGGGGAGAAGAAAGACAGCGUGGCAGCGCUGGUUGAAUUCAACCGCACACGGUUUGGGACCAUCAAGGGCGUUGUUGAUGCGUACUUGAGGAAAUGCCUCCAAUUCCUGCUCCUUCGACUGUCGUCCUUCGUUGGGUUCCCAAUCGUACCAACCAGCGACUUCAUCAUCAUGUCCGUUCCGCGGGUUCUGGUCAUCGCAGGGUCCGACAGUUCGGGCGGCGCCGGCCUAGAAGCGGACCAGAGGGUUCUGGCGGUGCAUGGCUGCUACGCUCUCACCGCGACAACGGGUCUGACGGCCCAGAACACUCUGGGGGUGCAGGACGUGUUUGUGGUCCCCGCCAACUUUGUGAAGAAGCAGAUCCUUGCCGGGUUAGAUGAUGUUGGGGCGGACGUUGUCAAGUUGGGCAUGCUCUCGUCUGCGGAGACAAUCGACGUCAUCGCCGAUGUAUUGGCCUCGCACCAUGUUCCUCAGGUGGUUCUAGAUCCGGUAAUGGUGUCUACAAGCGGAUCGGAGUUAUUACCAAGGCCUGCAAUUCAGGGUCUACGGACGAAACUAUUACCGUUCACCACGAUCUUAACCCCCAAUAUCCCCGAAGCGCUACUAUUACUCAAAGAUGCCGGCGUGAGCACGCCGGAGCCGAAAAACCUCGCCGAUGUCGUCAGUCUCGCGAAGCAAAUUUGCGCCUUGGGCCCCAAAGGAGUCUUGCUCAAGGGAGGGCACCUGCCACUGACAAAGGACCACGAGACACCACAUGAUCCAAAGGACGCCACGACAGUAAUUGACGUCUUGUACGAUGGAACGGACGUCACGUUGUUUGAGACUGGCUUCCUGAUCUCGAAGAACACGCAUGGCACGGGCUGCUCCCUUGCGUCUGCCAUUUCUGCCAAUUUAGCCCGUGGACAGAGCAUCAAGCAAGCUGUCCACGCUGCUGUGCGCUUCGUUGAGGCUGGUAUCAGGACCAGCUUUGAUCUGGGGAAAGGCAGUGGGCCGAUAAACCACUUCCAUUCCGUGUACACGUUGCCGUUUGCGCCUGGCCGCUUCUUGGAGUAUGCGUUGGGUCGCUCUGAUGUGCAGUCAGUAUGGGAGAAAUUCACAAAACAUGGGUUUGUCUCCAGCAUGGCCAACGGCACACUUCCUGUCGAGAACUUUAAGCAGUAUCUAGUCCAGGAUUAUCUCUAUCUGGUUCACUUUGCGAGAAGCAAUGCACUCGCGGCGUACAAGGCCAAAACCAUGGCGUCUAUCUCUGCGUCAUCGCAAAUCGUUCUACACAUUGAACGCGAGACCGCGCUGCAUCUCGAUUACUGCGCAUCUUUCGGGCUAACUAAGGAGGAGAUGGAGCGGACUCCGGAACAUCUUGCAUGCACGGCAUACAGCCGAUACAUUCUUGACGUCGGCCAGUCGGAGGACUGGCUUGCGCUCCAGAUGGCGUUGGCACCAUGUUUGAUCGGUUAUGGAGCCAUCGCCCGACGACUCCACGCAGAUCAAGAGACCCUCCGAGAGGGCAACCGAUACUGGCAAUGGAUCGAGAAUUACGUCGCCGAUGAUUACACCAAGGCAGUCCGGCUAGGAUCCGAACUGCUAGAGACCCACAUGCGCAACGUUUCGCCCAGUCGAAUGGAAGAGUUGAUCCAGAUUUUCAUUCGGGCGACAGCAUUAGAGGUUAAAUUCUGGGACAUGGCGCUGGGUGGCGACCCAGUGUAA